CGCGGAUUCACUCGCUCGAGCCACUCUCUCUCACAGUUUCUUCUGGAUUCCUUGCCAUCUUCCAAUAUUCAAUCUCAUCAAUUGGGCGGUACUGAGUUGAAUCAUCGGAUGUAGAGUGAUGUCUUAGUGUCCUACCCUAUAAGUGAGAGCCUGAAGGUUAUGUAACAAGUAGCAUAAGAUUGGUGAAACACUAAAAUGCUGUGGUAUUAAACAAUGACCAUCUUACUAUGAAGGGAGUUCAAUACACCACAUUCAAUCAGUUGCGUGGUAACCAACUAUUUCUAAUACCCAGGAUAUUUCAUAACUAUGCUUUCAUGCACCUCCAUUUUAUAAUUCCUACCAUAUUUAAUUCCACGACUCCCCAUCCUGAUCUUUCGGGGAUCAAUUCUGGUUUGUGGCACAUGCUGCACUUGACGAAAAUGAUUUGGAUUAUGGUGUCUUUGGGGAUUUGAGGAGUUGUGAUGUCAUUGUUACCAGUGUGUGUCUUCUGAAUUUGGCAAUGAUGUCAUGAGACUGUGGUGGAUUCUGUGUCAGUUAGAUCGUGGCACUUGUUUUGGUUGGGGAUGCCAAGUUUGAUGAAUUCCAUAUUGAAUAUGCAGGCGAAGAGGGAGAAGAUGACUAAUCUAGUGUGGGGAGAAUGAGAGAGACGUUCUAGGAAGUGGCAUGUUGAGGAAGUUUGGUGUACAGAUGAUGGGAUGCUUUAUGAUGGAGUUGUUAAUGAGGCCGGGGUUUAAUGUUAUGUGGAGUGAUUGUUUAUUGAAUCUCAUCAGAAGCUAUGAAGCUUGCAGCAUUGAUAUCGUAUUGGUAGGAAGCAGAACCCAGCAAAUCAGUGAAAAAGAGAACCUUAGUUGAUUGCGACAUUCAGAAGUUGGGAAAUAUGGCAUGGAGGCUUUUGGCAGCAUGGCCUCUCACUAAAUUUCACUUCCACAACAGCCUCUCCGCAAAUUCUUUGCUUCUCACACCCCUCUUUUUCUUCUCCAAGUCAUUGUUCCCCAAAACAAGCUUGGACUAUGUUGUAUGCAAGGUUCGUGGCCAGGAACUUAUUUACGGUCACCUCUAUUACAUGAAAGAAUCUCCUUUCUCGGGGAACGUAAGCUUUCAUUCAAGUCCAUUUCUAAAGUAUAAUGAUAAGGUUGUAGAGCAAAAAUAUCAGGAUUCUGAAAAGGUCCCUUGUGCUAAUGAUGAUGGUAAUGCCAAAUUAAAGAGGAAAAAACUAAAGGGGAAAAGAGCAGUUGUAAGAUGGAUGAAGUUUUUUAGAUUUAAGAAAAAGAAAGAGUAUGAAAGGAUGACAGAAGAGGAAAAAAUCUUAUAUAAAUUGUUAAAGGCUCGAAAAAAAGAAGAGAGAUUUUCUGAAGCUCUGAAAAAGAUUGAGCCUGCAGAGUCUUCAGAAACAACCCAUGAUCCUGAGAUAUUGACCCCAGAAGAGCACUUCUUCUUCUUAAAGAUGGGUCUCAAAUGCAAAAAUUAUGUGCCAGUUGGAAGACGAGGAAUUUACCAAGGUGUAAUUUUGAACAUGCAUCUGCAUUGGAAGAAACAUCAGACUUUGAAAGUGGUGGUGAAAACGUUUUCAGCAGAGGAGGUCAAAGAUAUUGCUGCUGAGCUGGCAAGAUUGACUGGAGGUAUAGUUCUUGACAUUCAUGAAGAAAAUACGAUAAUAAUGUAUAGAGGGAAAAACUACUCUCAACCACCAACUGAGAUCAUGUCCCCACGAGUCUCUCUCUCAAGAAAGAAGGCAUUGGAUAAAUCCAAAUAUAGGGAUGCCCUCCGAGCUGUGAGGAGAUGCAUUCCAAGACUCGAGCAAGAGCUUGAAAUUCUUCGAGCACAAUUUAAAAGCAUGGCUGAAAGUAAUACAGAUGCUGCUGAGGCAAUUCAGAACAGUAACAAAGCGAGUAUUGAGUCUGGUAGUAUUUCAAAUUUCCAGCUAGAGAAUUCUGAUAAACACCGUGAGAUGAUGAAUGAUAACAUCGAGUGCUCAGAGGAAGACAUAAAUAUGAACUCUGAAUGGGAGUCUGAUUCUGAUAAGUUAUCAGAUUUAUUCGAGACUGAUUCAGAUACAGAGAUUUUCGAAAAGGAGGAGAAACCUCUUUAUUUGGACGAGUUUGAUAAUUUUCCAGAGCAAAGCAAUGGAGAAACAAAUGAUUUUGAGGAGCAUCUGCGACAAAUGUCUCUGAACUCAAAAAACAUGGAAAAAGACGUCGACUUACCUGAGCUGGAUGAAGUUGACAAGAUUUUUCUGCGUGCUACAUCCUUUUUAAAGAAAAAGAUAAAAUGAUAAGUUUGCAAAAGGCAAGUCUAAUCAUUGUAUUGGAUAUAAAACAAAAUAGUGUAGCUUGGGAGAAAUUACAACAUACAACAAUGAAGUAGCAUAGCAUUGUGUUUGACUCAUUUUUAAAACAGGAGAUGAAUAUUUAAAUUUAACACCUUUUUGUUUGA